GUGCAUUUGGUGGACAUUAGCCGCUCGAGCAGCACCAGGAGCGUGUGGCUGAUUAGGGGCGGCGGCGGCUGGUUUCGGGCAGAGCGCCGUAUUUGGGGCAGAAAUAUUCGCUGUGCGUUUCGGGGACUCAAAGCCUCGCUCUCUGCUGGGAUUUAUGGAGGUGCUGAGGCGCAGCUCUGAGCCCCGCAGACCCCGUCAGCCCACCCCAUAAAGCAGCGCCCGGCCGCCUCGCCUCGUCUCGCCCGGCAUCCCGACCCUCCGACUCAACCAUUCAAGGCUCCCGUGCAUGGAUCGCCCCAGCGAGGGACCGCUGCCGGACGCCGCCGACACCGCCCCGUAGGCUCCCGGCCCCCCGUGCCGCCCCCAAGUACUCCACAUACCCCGAUGGGGUAACGUGACGGGGGUCCCCCUCCCGCCACCGCCACCCCCCCAUAUGCAGAGGCCUUUCUAGAGCGCCGGGGAGCGCGCGGCACCGGAGGCGGCAGCCGCUCGCCGUCGCGCACACGCCAAGGACACCGACACUACAGCAAAGGGAUUUCUUUUUUUUUUUUUAAUUAUUAUUAUUAUUAUUAUUAUUAUUAUCAUUAAUAUUAUUUUUUCCCAUCUGGCUUUUUACCCCGGGGGGCUUGCAGUGUGUCGAGGAAGCCGGCGCGCUCCCAGGAGCUGGGAUUAUUUGCACAACGUCUGUAUAUUGAGUUCUCGAUCCUGUUUUAUUUUUAUUUUUUAAGCGCAGAGGGGUGGUUGGUUUUUUUUUUUCCCCUCCACGCCACGCUUUUCUUGGGUUUUUCCCCCACUGCCGUCAGCACCACCUCACCCUCCUCCCAUCCCACCAUGGCCCGGAUGAACCGCCCUGCGCCGGUGGAGGUCUGCUACAAAAACAUGAGGUUCCUGAUCACCCACAACCCUACCAAUGCCACGCUCAGCACCUUCUUGGAGGACCUGAAGAAAUACGGUGCCACCACGGUUGUGCGAGUGUGCGAAGUGACCUAUGACAAGACCCCCCUGGAGAAGGAUGGCAUCACUGUCAUGGAUUGGCCGUUCGAUGAUGGAGCGCCUCCUCCCAGCAAGAUAGUGGAAGAUUGGCUCAACUUGCUGAAGACCAAGUUCUGCGAAGACCCCGGCUGCUGCGUGGCCGUGCACUGCGUGGCCGGCCUGGGGCGCGCUCCCGUCCUCGUCGCGCUGGCCUUGAUCGAGAGUGGGAUGAAGUACGAAGACGCCAUCCAGUUCAUCCGACAGAAGCGCAGAGGAGCCAUCAACAGCAAGCAGCUGACGUACUUGGAAAAAUACCGACCAAAGCAGAGACUCCGAUUUAAGGACCCUCAUAACCACAAGAACAAAUGCUGCAUCAUGUAACCUCAAUGACCUCUUGCCAAAAUCCGUGCACACAGACACCCGGGCACUCGCACACAUCCCACCCCCUCACCUCCUUGCCCAGCCCUGCACACCCCACGCGCCACCCCACUGCCAGGGCUGGGGUGGGGGGAUAUGGGAGCACCACCACCGUGUUCCAGCACCCACAGCACGGUCGUCUUGCCGAACCCCCGAAAAAGGUUGCUCUCUCCAGCUACAGCCCCGAGGAGGGAAGGCAGCGCUGCCCUUUGACUCUUGGUGUUAGCCGGCAAUGAGCUCACGUGACGGUUCUUCAUCGCCUUCCUCCUCCUCUUCCCUUUCCCCUCCCGUUGCACUGAGAGGGAUGGGGUGAAGGGUGCUUGGUUUGGAGUAACGCAGGCAGGGCUGUGCCAGCUGAGAAGGGAUGGGGAGCAGGAGGGCCAGAGCACCCCCAGAAAAACCCUUUCCCACCUCUUCCCUAUAAAUAAGGGCUGCAGCAGCGGGGACGGAGGUGGGAACGGCACAAUGGCCUCUACGGGGGGAAGAUGGUGACAGCAGGGAGCGGUGAAGGGGGCUUGUAGCUUGGUGCUGGCCCUGUGGCCACGGGAAGGGCUGAGCUAAUUCUCCCCAGCACCGUUUCCUUUCUUAUGGCUUCCUCGCCCACUUCAUCAUCUCCCCGUUGCCUUGAUGCCAGCUGGGAUGCUGCAGCGGGGGCUCGCUGCAGCCAAGGCAGGGGUGCUGGGAAGCUCGGGGACCGUGGCGGGGCUUUGAGGCACCCAGCUUUUGCCAGGGUGCAGGGUCAGCACUGGGUCCCCCAAAGUGUGGGGUGCUCUUAUUUAUAGCUUCCAAAUUCAAUGCACGGGGUGGUGGGUUCUCUCCUGUCGUGUCCCCAUCGCUAAGCCGUGGCGCAAACCCCAAUUCUGGCUGCAGUGCCCUGGGGAUGCAAUGUGCAUCUCGGGGCACGUCCAUGUCCUCCACCGCUGCGUUUGCUGGCCGAGGGGCUGGGCUGCAGCUUUCCUGGGGGAUUUUGGGUGCUCCUGGCAAGAGCACAUCACCAAAUUUUGCACCUGCCUUUCCCACAUCUGUAACACGGCGCCUGGCACCCACAAACCCCCCCGGCGCGUGCCCUGAUGAGGUGGACUCAGAGUUGCCCCUGAGCCGGGACAUGAAACAUCUCUCAACUUUC